CCCCCUGUUUAAUUGAAAGUCACAUGGGAACCGUAUUGAUUACUGGUGUUUCUGUCUGUGAAAAGGUUAUCCUGAAGAUGAUUCUCGUGGUUUUCUGCUCGCUCCUUCUCGGGACAUGUCACGGGCAGUUCCCCCGAGCCUGUACGGACGACCUCAGCCUCUCCACCGGCAGGUGUUGCCCGCUGUGGCCGGCGGCAGACGGGACAGGGUCGCCUUGCGGGGAGGCUGUGGGCCGCGGCACCUGCCGUCAGAUUCAGCCGGACGACUCUCCCCACAGCCCCAGCUACCCCUACGUGGGGGCGGACGACCGGGAACGAUGGCCGACUGUGUACUGGAACUGGACUUGUGAAUGUCGAGACAACUUUUACGGCGUCGACUGUAGUGAGUGUAAGUACGGCUUUGUAGGGCCCAACUGUACCGAACGAAAGGUUUUAAUCCGUCGGAACAUCUACGACCUAUCGUGGUGGGAGAGAACCCGAUUUCUGCGGGCGCUAGACGAGAGCAAAACCACCGUGAGCGAGCGUUGGGUCAUCCCCGUGACGCCCUACGUCGACGUCCUCACAAACGCCAAACCGGCCUUCGCAAACGUCACGACGUACGACGUCUUAGCCUGGAUGCACUACUACGUCUCAAGGAACGUUCUCCUUCCCGAGGGAGGGGUGUUUAAGAACGUAGACUUCGCGCACGAGGGCCCGGGCUUCUUACCGUGGCACCGCGUCUUCUUACUGCUGUGGGAGCGGGAACUGGCGAGGUUCGUGGGAGACGAGGAUUUUACCGUCCCGUACUGGGACUGGCGAGACUUGGACGAGUGUGGUGACGUCUGCACAGAUGACUUCCUGGGGGCCACACCUCAGAGCUUCAGCGGAAUCCUCAGUAACGGGUCCGUGUUCUCAGACUGGCAGGUCAUCUGUACGCGGGAUGACGAGUAUGACGAACUCCGGACGGUUUGUGACGGCAGUCCGGAAGGACCGCUUCUCCGGAAUCCCGGGACCGUUCCGGACUACUCGACCCUUCCGAGCUUCGAGGACGUCCGGGCCGUCUUGGAGCUGGAUCAGUACGAACCGCCCCCUUACGACAGGACGGCGAACUUCAGCUUCAGAAACACACUGGAGGGAUUCGCUUCACCGGAUGGUAUUGCAAGUAACCGGAGCUACCUGCACAACACUGUCCACCGCUUCAUGAACGGGACUCUCAGCUCGGUCGGGUCUUCAGCGAACGACCCACUCUUCAUCAUCCACCACGCCUACGUGGACAGUCUCUACGAGAUCUGGCUCCGGAAAUUCAGACCGAACGUGAGCGCUCUGACCGCUGAAAACGCGCCCAUAGGUCACAACAGAGGGUCGUACAUGGUGCCGUUCCUCCCCCUUCACACUCCCAAAGACUUCUUCACACUCGCCACGGACUUCGGAUAUGACUACGACUACCUCAUUCAGACAGAACUGGCCUGGUGGGAGAGCCUGGGGUUCCUGCAGUUCUACGGCGUGCUGGUAGGGGGCAUGAUGAUAGCGGGGCUGUUGCUGGUCGUGACCGUGGUAACCGGCAGGCGGUACUGCUGCCCGGCCCCGCGGCAGAUCUACCGGCCCAAGAUCCGCCGGAUCGUCCGGGUGCAUUCUGAGUCCGACCCGACCGACACCACGGAGUCCAGCGUCGAGGAGACCGAAACAACUCCGCUUAUCAACAAACAGGAGCAGCAGCCAAAAUAUGCUGUGGUUUACUUGUAAAUAACACAUACUAUGAAUUUUACUUUUCCACUACGGACAGCAUGUAUGUAUUUUGUUUCACUGGGAACAUUAAUAUGUAUUUUGUUUGUUACAAAAAUCUUCUCUUUUGACUAUUUUUACGAAACAACUUCUUAAACGAAUUGUGUCAAUCAGUGAUGUAAGUGGGGUUGCUCCAAAAGGGGCUACAUCCUCUUGUUUUACCUUCUCGUAAAAUACUGGUUUUUAUUUUUUAUUGAAAAGUACAAAGAUGGAAUUUGUGGUGUCGUGUGGAUAUGAUAAGAUAGAACUAUUUCUAAAAGCAUCAGAUUGAAAUCAAAUGAUUUUUAUACAACAAAAUGUUAAUAAAAGCUCAAUAA